CCUCAGUGGCAGUGGCUCAGUGCUCAGUCCUCACUGGACGAGUGGACGCAGAUAUAAAUAAUAAUAACGAAAUAUCAAAUAUUGGAAUAUUAGCAAUUAGCAUUCAUUUGUUCUAGCUAUUUGUGCUAUUAGGUACCCAUUCGAAUAGGUAGUACGAUGUCUUGUAGCUGGGUGAGGUUAGGGUAGGUUAUCUUGCCAUUAAUGUAAACUUUACUUUAAAGCCACUUACCUAUAAUUGGCUAUUACCUAGUAAUACCAUUGUAAAUACAAUAUUAUAUUUUUCAUUAAAUAAUUGUCAUCAAAUAUUUUUAUUUUAAAUAGUGACAACUAUGGAACACACGAAUAAUUAUUAAUUUUGUAGGACCACUAAAGUCGUAUCACAGCUGAUUAUAAUAAUAUAUUAUCACAGACUAGAACUAGGUAUUUUGAAUUUUCUAUGUAAAUAUUGUAAACGACUGUUGAGCGUUUACUUUAAAUUCGUUUUUUAUUGUUCAAUACCCAACAGGUUUGAAUACCUACUCGUUUAUUUGAGUCUCCAUCGUUUAAUUCUUGGCAUAUCGUGGAAUUACCAACUAUAAACGUAAUUUAACUAUUUAUUCGAGUAUUUUAAGUUAACCACAGAAUUGUAUCAAUAUGACCGACCCUCAUAGUUCAAAUACUAACGUUUAUCAAGGUGGUGGUCAUUUUGAAUUUUCUUCUGAAAAAAAUUGGGGUGUAGAGCAAGAAGAUUGUAGGAUAUUUGAUUCUAUUGAUAUGACACAUCUAGCUGCAAGUAUAGCUAGUGUGCCAUUUAAUAUCCAACAUAACAUACCUGUCGAACUAUUUACUGUGGAACAAUUAGAAGAAUUUGAAGUAGAAUCAUCUCUUGCAUUGAGCCGACAUAUAUCACAAAGCAGAUCAAAAUCAUUAAAUAUUAAAUCUGUCUUGCCAACUUCAAUUGUUAGUAAUCAAGCAUCCACUGACAAAAAUAGCUUAAUUUUGAAAAAUUAUUCUAAUUCAGAAGUUAAUAAUGUUCCUUUUGAUUGUGAGUCUCAACCUAAUGUAGAAUUAGAAGAAAUAUUGGGAAAUAUGAAACCUCUAAUGAACAUACUACAAGAUGAAAUAAAUACAGUUUCUAGUAUAGAUACAAGUGAAGCUGACUCUAUAAUAAUUGAAAAUCAAAAGAUAUCCGUUGAAGAUGAUUGUAAAACUGAAAUGGUGAUUCAUGAUUCAGGGCAUUGGCUUGAUUCCAUGUUAGAUAGUGAUGAAUAAAAAUUAAAUUGUAUUUUUCAAUUAUUAAUACAUUUUAAAUACUUAUUUAUCUAAGUUAUUUUGUAUUCUGUACACACUGCUACCCACAAUGUUGUGCAAUCAUUAUUCUUCAAUUGAAAUAAAUUCAAAAAUCAUUACCAAGA